UCUGCUGCGCACACACCGGUUGCUAAGAAACCAUUGGUCCUUUUUCUCCGGCCUUUGCAGGCAACAAGGAGCCGGCUGUCACAAUGCUGGGCGAAGAAGAGGAGCUGUCAGUGAGCAUCGCACAUAUCGUACAGAAACUAAAGGGCAGCACGCUGCAUUGCCAGCUGGAGAAGGAGGCUCGGAGAUGUCUGCUCAGCCCUGAUAUUAAACUUGAAACACUGAAGGAAGAUAUAAGAGAUUUUUUGAAGACCUCUGGUUGGGAACAAAAACUUCAAAAUGCUGUAUACCGUGAGCUUACUGUACUUCCAGCUCCUUGUCACUCAGCAGCACCAGCUGAACACAUUAAGGAACCUCUGGCCUACAUGAGAAGGGCUCAGGCAAGCUGGGAGAAAAGAGUACUGAAAAGUUUGAACAGCAUGUGCACAGAGCUCAAUAUUCCUCUUGCACGUAAGAGGCCAGCUGAAGAACAAAAAGAUUUACUCAAUAAAUGGAAUGAAAUGGGAACGGAUGAACCAGACUUAGCCCUUUUUAGACCCGUGUAUGCACCUAAGGAUUUUCUUGAGGUGCUUAUUAAUCUUCGUAAUCCUAACUAUGAUACUGACCAGACAAGUUUUAGGGCUCAACUUGGUCUGAUUCCAGUUCAAUUUAAAAUUAAGGACAUCCCAGAACUGAGAGAAUUCUUCGGGGAACUUAACCUAAACAUAGGUCAGCUGGGAGUGGAUGACUCUACACCAGUCCCACCAGAAUUGUUCGAAAAUGAAUACUUGCGCAUUGGAAAGAAAAUUCUAGAAGAGCAUGACAGUGCUGCAGCUCAGCAGUAUGUGCGCCAGGGAUGCCCAACAGCCUUCCGUGCUGAAUUAUGGGCACUCAUCUUGAAUAUCUCAGACCAAUCAGAGGACGUCUUGUACUAUGAACAGCUUAAAUCAAAUGUAAUUCAGCAUGACCUUUUAUCCGACAGUCUGAUUUACAAGGAUGUGAAACUGACAGCUAGCAAUGAUGAUUAUUAUUUUGUAUUUGAAGAUUAUCUUUAUCAGGUGUUGCUCUGCUUCUCCAGGGACACCUCUGUGCUUGAACACUUUAUAUACAACAGUGCAACACCACCAAAAUCAUACAUUCGAGGCAAACUUGGCUUGGAAGAGUUUGCUGUUGUCUAUCCACCAAAUGGGGUGAUUCCGUUUCAUGGCUUUUCAAUGUAUGUUGCCCCUUUAUGUUUUCUGUAUCGUGAGCCCGCAAGACUGUAUCAAGUGUUCCGGGAGAUGUAUGUGCGCUUCUUCUUCCGCCUCCACUCCAUCUCAUCCCACAUAUCUGGAAUAAUGUCACUGUGUCUUCUGUUUGAGACCCUUCUUCAGACGCAUCUCCCACAGCUUUUCUAUCAUCUCCGAGAGAUCGGCGCACAACCUUUACGCAUCUCAUUCAAGUGGAUGGUUCGAGCAUUUUCUGGCUAUUUGGCUACCGAUCAGCUGCUGCUUUUGUGGGACAGAAUCCUUGGCUAUAAUUCAUUGGAAAUUCUUGCUGUGCUGGCAGCUGCUGUGUUUGCUUUCCGAGCAAUGAACCUGAUGGAGGUGACAUCACUGGCUGCUGCUGAAGCUGUACUUGCCGACAUCUCGACCCUGAAAGUUAUGCCUCUUCUUCAGAUUUUCCUGUUUGCCACUGUCACAUAAUCACUCCCACAGUCCACAUUAUUAGAAUUCACAUCUUUUACUUGGAAUCAAACCAUAAACAAUGCAGUUAUUUAUAGUCA